UAAUUGACACUCCUUUUGCAGAAAUUUGGCUUGAGAACGUCAAACAACGGUGGACAUUUUUUUCAGUCGGUAUGUAUGUCUUUGCGAUUAUGCACCAGAUUGCAUUUCUUUCUUUCUGGAAGAUCAUAUAUAUUGGACUUUCAUGUUUUAGAUAGUUUCUUUAAUGCUAUAAGUGAUGCCUUUCAAAUUUUUGAAUCAGGAACUGGGGUCGUCAUUUGCAGCACAUGAUCAACCAAAUUUGUUGGAGAGGUCAGCAAACAAAGGAAAAAAGGUGGUAUACUUAGACUAUCAAAUCCAAGAAGCUACACAGAAUCAUAAUGGGCCGAACAAGCAUUUUGCGAGAACCCACAGUGUUUGUAGGUAAUUCACCAUUGGUUCAGCUUCUUCCGGCAAACUCGAAUUGUUAGCGCAAGGUCUGAAAAACCUAGGAUCAUCUGGAUCUUCCCUUUUAAACCCCCAUUUACAAUUGAAGCACUGCGGAGGUCAAUAAUAAAAAUGUUUAAAAGGGAUGAUAUUGCUGGAAGUAAUUAUCAUCUCUACUCCGUGAAUAAGCAAAAACAAAGAGGUCCAAAGCCGAUCGAUACAAGAUGAGCAAGUGAUAGAAUUGUUUAUCACUAAUUGGAAGCCUGAUGAUUCUGUCGCCUUCGUUAUUGAUGUUGUACCGCAUAAUCAAGUGACGGGAGAUGUGAACCUUUCUGACAUGGUGAUGGGAGAUGUGGACCUUUCUGGCAUGGGAAAUGAAGGAGGUAGAAAAAGUCAAGGGAAAGGGAUAAAUAUGAAUCCAGAUGGAUUCAUAAUGGCGUAUGAAGCUGUGCACAAGGAGCUUAAUGCGACUGCAAGAGAUGAAUGGAUGGCGACCAUCAUAGGAGCUUCAGUGAGCACUGUGAAAACUUAUCACAAAAAAUUCUACGGUUCCCCUAUACUUAUUGCGCCUUCAACUCUGCAUCGCUUUGAAAAUGGUGAAGCUGCGAGGCACAAGAGGAUGAGAAUAGGAGAAUCCAGUUCCACACUUGAUCGGCUGUGGCACAUAGAGGGAAAUGAAUACCCUGCAGGAGGAGCUGACCAAGAAGUGCAACCGUCAGAUGACCAAGAAACGCAACAUUCUUCCGGUCCAAGCAACCUAGAGGUGGCUAGUAUGGAAAAGAGCCAACAUAUAAUGCCAGAAGAGACGACUGAACGCGGAGCUGUACAACGAGUGCAACCGUUGAUGGAGUUGGAUUCGGUAAUCGCAAGAAACAUGGAGGUAAUUAGCCAUGACAAUACGCCAGCUGGGACGGAACAAUUCAGAGCUGAUUCGCAGAUGGACGAAAAUCCAAGCAAUAUUUACGUGGAGGAGAAUGAACACCCUGCAUGUGCAGAUGCAGAUGCAGGUAUCAAUGUUGUUGAUAAGCAGUCCAGUUACGGGAACCGCAGAGUGUCCGAUGUAACUGGUGAACCAGGAUUGAACAUGAUGCAACCAUUGGAUCGUUGGGCCGACUUUGGAGACAUCCCUAAGGAAAUGGACAAUUAUGAUUUCGGACGUUUCUUCGAUGAUGUCCCUGAACCGGAUCAUGAUGAUAAUUAGUGUCAUGGUUAGAUGAGAGCGUGCGGCGUGCGUAUGUUUUCUGAUUGAAGCACCAAAAAGUGUGGAAGGAUAAUAUACUUCCACUCUUAACCAGAGGUCUUGGGUUCGACCUAGGGGAUUGGAGGAACUCCAUAUAGGAAGAGCUUCUCCCUUUCGGUGGGGCCGUACACGGCAUGAAUCCGCAUCAGUAGGAUGGGUUUCGGAUACUGGAUGCAUAAAGCAGAAAAAAAAAGUUCAAUUCUGUAUUGCAUACAUAAGUUUGUAGCCAGUCUUUUGGGAGGAUUAGCUAGCUCGUGUCCUUGGUGUACUAAGUUAGUUGUGUGAGAAGAGAAAAUCUUCAGUUUUGCGGGUCAAGAUUAAACUGCCAUUCAAGUGAGAAUACAUACAAAUACUCUUUGUAUUA